AUGUUAUCAAGUAGCAUUGCUCUUGCCCAUAUGUUCAUCGUCGGCCAGCCUCAAACCUUUGACUUGACAUUGUUAAUCACCGGUCCACCAACCUUCACAUCACUAGCCAUCACCGGCGACGACAUGGCAGGAACUUCCCCACGUACCAAAGCAGAACUAGGGUGCACAUCAGUCCAAGAACUGGUCAUCACCGGCGAUGACCUACCGGAACGGUACAUCUAUAAAGACAGCGACUAUGGAGUCAUGGAUGCCUCCCUUCCACUGAUGAAUAUGCCGAUUAUUGAUAUCGGGCGUCUCAAAUCUUCAUCGCCCACCGGAGAAGAAGAACUUGAAAAUCUGCGAUCAGCUCUCAGCUCAUGGGGUUGCUUCCAGGCAAUAAAUCACGGAAUAGAAAGUUCUUUCCUUGACAAAGUGCGAGAUGUUACCAAACAAUUGCUUGAACUUCCAAUGGAAGAGAAGCAAAGAUACUCCAGAGCACCUGAUGACAUUGAAGGGUAUGGGAAUGACAUGGUUCUUUCAGAUAAUCAAACUCUCGAUUGGACCGAUCGGUUGUUUCUUACAGUAAAUCCUGAAGAUCAGAGAAAGCUCAACUAUUGGCCUCAAAAUCCUGAAGUUUUUAGAGAAACUAUGCAUGAACAUGCCACCAAUUUACGACUGAUAGCAGAGGACCUCCUCAAGGCCAUGGCAAGGUCACUAAACUUGGAGGAGAACUGUUUCUUGAAUCAAUACGGAGAUGCAGCAAUUAUGCAGCUAAGAUUCAACUUCUACCCUCGGUGUCCGAGGCCUGACCUUGUUCUCGGCCUAAAACCUCAUGCAGAUGGAUCAGCAAUUACAAUUGUCUUGCAAGACAUAGAAGUUGAAGGGCUUCAAUUCCUGAAAGAUGACCAGUGGGGGAGGGUUCCUAUAAUGCCUCAUGCACUUCUCAUAAAUGUUGGCGAUCAAAUAGAGAUAAUGAGUAAUGGAAUUUUCAAGAGCCCAGUGCACAGGGUUGUGACCAACUCAAAGAGGGAGAGAAUCAGCCUGGCUAUUUUCUGUAGUCCAGAAUCAGGAAAGGAGGUUGAACCAGUGGAGGGGCUCAUUGAUGACAAGAGGCCAAGAUUAUACAAGAAAGUAAAAAACUAUGUUGACACUUAUUUCCAGUACUACCAGCAGGGCAAAAGACCAAUUGAUGCAGUGAAAGUAUAG